AUGAAAGAAGAUGCUGUUGUUCAGAUUAGGCAUUUCUUCGUCAGAAACAACAACUUCAUCAGGAACAAGACUGUUAACAAUCCAUAUAGGAUUGUGUUGUUCCCAAAAAGUCAGAUGUCAGCAUGCAUUGAUCCUGAAUUUCCUAUUCACAAAUUCAUUUUCAAGGAUUUCAAAGAGAUAAAUGCUAUUGAAGAUGCUAAUGAGGAAGUGCUGUUUGAUAUUAUUGGAGUGUUGGUGGGAAAGGGGUUUAUUAAAGAUCAGAACAAUGCGAAGCUCAUAGAGCUUGUGCUUGAGGAUUCCAGUCACAAUAAAAUGUAUUGUACUCUUUGGAAGGAAUAUGUCGACUCAUUCCGAAUGCAAGCCACAAAUGAACAAAACAUGCUGCCAAUUGUUAUAAUACAAUUUUGCAGGCCAACACUUUACAAGGGUAAAGGUGAUGUGCGUGUAUGCACGAGCAGAAAUGUUUCUAGGCUGUUUGUGAAUUGUGAUAUUGAGGAGAUAACUAAAUUCAGGGAGCUGAUUGUUUCCUACACAUGUAUUGGUGCUUAA